AUGUCAAGAGCUCUGGAUAAGCAUGUCAUCGCUGCGCUGAAGAAAGGCGACCACCAGAAAAUAUUUGACGACAUCUCCGGUCUCUUUGUGCAGCAGGAGGAUGAUCGGCUUCUCGAGAUCGAGAUCUUGGGUCCAAGCCAUCCUUUGGGGCCGGCCGAACACCUGCUGCGAGAUGAAAACGCCGUUGCGGUGCCCAAGCUCCGCAUAGUACAGGCCUUCCUCUUCGCGAGGCAGAUUUUCCAGAAGAAACUGGCCGGAGAGGUUGUCGGUAUCGAGUUGCUGCUCGCUGCCACAAGCGUCAUGCUACUUAUGGAUCCGGAGCACCUAACAGCCAGCAACACCAGAAAGCGCCUCCUUCUUGACGCAAUCUCAGCGGGAGACAAUGCACAUGAGCGUCUGGCAAGAGAGAAAUGGUUUGUCGACAGCUUGCUAACCAGCCGGCUGCAUCGACAUACAAAAUCGCCCACGUUAUGGAGUCAUCGGCGGUGGUUAAUGGAACAGCGCCGUCUUGCAGGACUUCCAGUUGCGGUUCAACAGGACAUCGAGUUGAUCGUCAUGGUAGCUGGAGAGCGGCAUCCACGCAACUACUAUGCCUGGACUCACGCGCGUUGGUUAACAAGAAUAUUUCUGGCUGAUGCCGAGCCUGAAGAUCUGUCAUCACUUAUCCAAAGCGUCAAGAGGUGGUCUUUUAGCCAUCAUGUCGACGUCUCUGGCUGGUCGUUCCUUGCCCAUUUGAUGGAGAGACUAGACGGUUGCGGCACGCAAACCUCACUACCUGUCUUCGAGGAAACUUUAAGGCUGACGGAGUCUCUCCGAUGGUGCAACGAAUCAGUAUGGUGGUUUUUACGCACAGUAGCUUUGAGACCGGCGAUUGGGCAGGCCGGUCGAGAGGAGCUCACAGCUGUUCAGGAAAGGCUUUUGGUCGUGAACGCCGAUGAUUCCACAGAAGCCAAGGUGCUGAAAACAGCACAGCACUGGUACGAGUUGUUCGGUCUCCACAGCGAUUUGGGAAUUUCUGGCGCAUUGGAGUAG